GGUAUAAGAAAUGGGCUAUGGACAGACAGACAGACUCCUGGGUCUGUUGGCAUUCACCAUGUCCAGGAGACUUCUCAUUUUCUGGCUGGCGAUUGGGAUUAAGUGGCUUUACCUGACAUCAGCUGCAUCAGAGAUAGUCCAGACUGGAGUUUUGGGCAAGUCAGUGACUUUGCCCUGUACGCAUUCAUCUUGGUCUCGCAGCAGCAACAGCAUGUGCUGGGGCAGAGGACCAUGCCCCAAUUCCAAAUGCAACCAGGAGAUUCUCCACACUGAUGGAACAAAGGUGACCUCACCUAAAUCAUCAAAAUACAGGCUUUUGGGGAAUAUCCAGAGAGGUGAUGUCUCCUUGACCAUCUUCAAUACCAAUGAAGAUGACAGUGGAGUGUACUGCUGCCGCAUAGAGGUACCCGGCUGGUUCAAUGAUGUGAAGAGGAAUGUUCGUCUGCAGCUAAAGAGAGCACCCACAACCACUCGCCGAACGACAACCUCUCGUCCAACUACCACCCCCCGUUUGACAACAACUACUACAGUGCUUCCAACCACAGUUGGGACUAACCCCGACCUCACAAGUGGGACAACACUACAGACAACCACUGCUCUCCUCACAACAGUGACAACCACACCCCCUGCUACAACCCUGGCCUCCCUUCCAGAGACAUCCACAGGGCCCCUGACCACUGGCACAGAAGGGCCCAUUCUCGCCCCAGAAUCAGAAACGUUUUUUGCCUCUGGUGACUCAUGGACCAGUGUUGGGAUAACUUCAGCAGGCACUCCAUUGCUCUCCUCCAAAGCUUCUGAAGCAUGGGUUCUCUCAUCAACAUUCCGAGCAUCUACACAGCAAAUGAAUGUUUCUAUGCUUGAAGGAUCUGAGAUAGCAGUUCUGGAUCAAAAUGAGGAAAGAGUAAUUGUGGAUCCAAAUGAAAAGGUGAAAAUGAGUCUACUGAUGAUCAUUGCCCCUUGCGUGGGGUUUAUGGUGUUGGCAUUGCUUGCAGUGCUCCUUCUGCGAGGAAAAGUCACGAAAACCAAUUGUUUGCAGGAACACACAAGGAUAAGCAAUGCUGGAGAAACAAAAAAUGGCUUCUGUGACAUGCAGCAGGGAAGGGAAGACGAAGAGGGCCUUUUCACACUCUAGACUGUGGCCUUUUGUUCAACUUGAGGACAGGGCAUGCACCGGAAGCCUCAGAAUAAGUCUUGGAAUGUUUCCAUUUUUGUUUCUUAGGAAAACUUCACCUAUCCCAUUGCUGUCAUCAACCCAACCUUCACUUUGCUUUUGCAUGUGAAAUGUACUUGAGAGUCACA